AGGCACUGCGCCAAGGCAAGAGGGACGUGGCGCAGGCCGCCAGAGGAUUGGAAAGGGAGGUGGCGAAUCUGCAGGCAGAGGAGAAGAAGCUGCUAGUGGAGAUCAAGAACACUGCCAAGACUGGUAACCAGGCAGCAGCACGCGUGUUGGCACGGGAGCUGGUGCGGGUGAGAGCGCAGAUAGCCAAGAUGCACAAGUCCAAGGCGCAGAUUCGCGGCAUCAGCACACAUGCGCAGGUGGCUCAAGCCAACGUGUCAGUGGCAGGGGCAAUGCGCAGUGCUGGCACGGUCAUGGGGAAUGUGAACAAGCAAAUGGACGUGGCAUCAGCAGCGCGCAUGGCAGCAGAUUUCCAACGAGAAUCCGCCAAGAUGGAUCACGUGCAAGACAUGGUGGGAGGCGCCCUGGAUGAUGCUUUGGAUACAAGCGACACCGAGGAAGAGGCUGAUGACAUCACCAACCAGAUCCUGGAUGAGAUUGGCAUCGACAUGUCUGCCCAGCUCUCGAGUGUGCCGGCCAGAAGACUGCCCACCGCAGCAGCGGCACAAGCAGAGGCGCCUCGCACACAGGCAGGGUGGCAGGAGGAAGAGGAAGAUGACCUGCAACGCCGGUCGAGUCCUACCGGCCAGUGGAUGAGGUACUUGACGGAUUCCGUCGACCUUGACGUUGACGGUGGUGAUGGUACCGCGCUCGACAAGUUGCUGGGCGAACAGCAAUCCACCUGUCAGGAACUAGAAAGGACGUCUUGUCGUGCCAAUGAGAGCAGUGCUGCGGAUAAGGAGCCGUCGCAUUGCAAAGAGCCGUCGCACGGCAGUCGCAGGGACGCCGAUCACCGCACCGGCGUCGCUGCUUCCCAUAAACGGCAAAGGGAGGACCCAAGCGAGGCGAACAGCAGCAAGGCCAAUCGGGAGAAGAUGCGCCGCGACCGACUCAACGACAGGUUCGUGGAGUUGGCGCGGUCGCUAGAGGGGAGCGGCCAGGCGCGCGCGGACCGGGGGAGCAUUCUGGCGGACGCCGUGCGCGUGCUGGCGCAGCUGCGCUCGGAGACGGCGCAGCUGCGGGGGUCCGCGGAACAGAUGAAGGAGCAGAUCCGCGAGCUCAAGGCGGAGAAGAGCGAGCUGCGGGAGGAGAAGGCUCGCCUGCAGGCGAACAAGCAGCAGCUGGAGGAGCAGGUCCGGCGCAUGGCAGCAUCUGGUGCUGCCGAAUCCACCGCCGCCACCAUGUGA